GCUCAGCGUGCAUUUAGCAAAGAGCUCAGCCUCGCUUGUGAGACUUACAAGAUAUUUUCUUUAAUUAUUGUUGUUAUAAACUACUUGUACAACAGUUUAUUACAGGUACAUAACCGUAAUAGCGACCGCUCGCUUUUUAUAUAGCGAUAUACAUAUAGGCAUGUAUGUAUAUAUAUUAUUUAUGUGCAUGUUAAAUUAAACUAGACAACAAGUGUGUUGUACAUAACGACCCCCAGCGAGACGGGGGGCUUCUGUCCGGGGAGCAGUCGUCCUAUGGUCCACGAUACCGAAAUCAUUAACAGAGUUUAGUGAGACUGCGUUGAGUCCAGCCGCCAUGGAGGGAGUGGAGGAGAAGCUCAAGUCUCUGUCCAUCGCGCGGCGGCUCCAGCCGCAAGACCCCGCCUACCUGCUGGACGUGUCGCUUCAGCCCGGCGCCGUGGGCACCUCCUCGGGCGACGUGCUGGCGGUGUCCUGCUCCAACCAUCGGCUCCACCUGCACAACAAGGAGACGCUGCGUCCCCUGGGGGAGUUCCGCGGCCACACCGCGCCCAUCUGCGGGGUCACCUUCGCGCACGCCUCCCCGGACCUGCUGUUCUCGGGCUCGGCCGACGGCACGGUGCGGGCGUGGGACGCCCGGAGGCCCGGCUCCAAGGCGGUCCAGGAGUUCCGCGGUGACCCGGCUCACCGCUUCAGCGGCGUGGGCGUCAACGCGGCGGACGUGGUGGUGUGCGCCGGCACGGAGCAGCUGGACGAGGAGAGCUUCCUGGUGUUCUGGGACGCGCGCGCCGCCGGCAAGGCACUGCUGGGCGUGUACUCGGAGUCGCACAGCGACGACGUCACGCAGGUGAGCUUCCACCCGCGGGACAAGGACCGGCUGGCCACGGGCGCCACGGACGGGCUGGUGAACGUGUUCGACCUGCGGCGCGGCGGCGAGGAGGACGCGCUGCUCGCCACGUGCAACAGCGGGUCGUCGGCCGGCGCGGUGCGCUGGGCGGGGCCAGGGCUGGACCGGCUGCUCUGCCUCACCGACAGCGACGGGCUGCACCUGUGGGACCUGGGCCGCCUGGACACGGAGGAGCCCCUCACGCUCUACAGCACCCCCGACGCCCGCACGCUCACCCCGCUGGAGGGCGGGGGCUCCGUGGACUACCUGGUGGGGGGCCAGUGGCUGGAGGGGGCCCAGAGGCUGCUGGUGGUGGGGGGGACCAGCGAGGGGGCCCUCCACCUCAUGGAGUGCACCGAGCGGGGCCUGGAGCUGCUGAGCUCGCCGCCGCAGGGGGCGGGGCACACGGCGGUGGUGCGCUGCUUCCUGUGGGACGAGGCGGGGGAGGGGGCUCUGGUCACCGCCGGGGAGGACGCACAGCUGUUGCUAUGGAAACCGGGAGGGGAGGAGCUGGCGCCCGGGAGGCAGGCGACCAUGAAGAGCACCUCGUCGUGGAAGCUGCAGGCGCGGCCGCAUAAACAGAGCGGGUACGACCGGGGCACCGUCAUCUGCCCUCUUAUGUAA